AUGAAUGUAAAACAAAAUUUUCAACUUUCAAGCAGUUUAGUACUGUUCAUCUUCAAUUCGACAACGGCGUGGGCUACAGAAACAAAUCGGAAAUUAGAAGAUGCAUUAAUGAAGAAUUACAAUCGAAAACAUCGCCCUGUUAAAAAAGAAUCAACAACUAUGCAAAUUCAAAUUUAUCUCUUGAUUGGACAUAUUGAGAAAGUGGAUGAGCAUGAACAAACGAUGCUACUUCACGGAUUAAUAUGGUCAUCUUGGACAGAUGAAUACUUGACAUGGGAUCCAAAAAAGUAUAAUAAUACAAGACGAAUUGCAAUUGAAAGUUGGAAAAUUUGGCAGCCUGCUCUUUCCCUUUAUAAUAGUGCUCGUGGAAAUAAUUGGCAUUUACACAUGAGUGGCCUUCCUGCUUCUGUAAGCAGUGAUGGCAAAGUUUGGGCAUCUGGAUCGUUUAGCUUUCAUGUGACGUGCUUAUUUGACUUUACUAACUAUCCAUAUGAUGAGCAGGAAUGUCCAAUAGUAAUUGCUGAUUGGGUUUAUGACCUUUCAAAAAUAAAUUUAUCAGAUCCAGCUGGAAAUAAUCAGCUGAACAAACCAGCUGUUAAACUUAGUUAUGAUCCACUUGAUAACACAAAUCCCAAACGUUUUGUUGCAGGUUGGGAAGUAAAAGAUACAUGGCGCCGUCAAUGUUAUUGGGGACCAACAGGUUGCAAGGAUGAACCACCGGAAAGUCAGCCAGAAUGGUUUUGGUCACUGAUAGAAUUUGGUAUUCGUAUAAAGCGUAAUGCACCCUAUUUCGGUCUUACAGUAAUUUUGCCCACACUAAUCACUUCCAUCUUAACAUUAAUCGUCUUCUGGAUUGAUACAAUGCCGUUAGCAAUAGCAACUACCGUAAUGAAUAUACUUUUACAAGGACUGUAUAGCUGGGAACUGAUCAAGAAUCUACCCCCCGGCAGUGGAAGUAUACCGAAAAUAGGCAUGAAAAAUAUUACUUUUCCACCCAUUUGUUUUCUUUUAUUACAAACAUAUCAAAGAUGUGUUGCAACUGAAGAAAACAAUACAUUGAUAAGAUUCAGAAUAACUUUCUAUGGCUUGAAUUUAUCACUAACUGGUAUUACCUUCAUGCUGCAUGUCGUAGUUAUUUACUUAGACUACAUAUUACCAAACAAUAUUGAACUUCCUUUUAAGGAUGUAAAUAUUUGCUUCUUUUAUAGUUAUCGUUUUCAGCUGACUGACAUUACAGAACGAUUGAAGCAGUUAAGUCCGUUCAAGAUUAAAGGAUUUUCAUUCGACCCACAAAGACUUUUGACUGGAGACUUUGAAGAUGAGAGACAAGUUGCCCAAGGCAGUCAGCAGCAACAACUUGAUAGUAUCAUGGCUUUGGAUCAAAAUCCAACGUUUAGCUUUGCUUUCGAACAAAAUAAGGAUGGAGAAAAUAUUGCUUUAGCUGAAAGCUCCGGCGCAGAAGAAACAGUUGCAAAAUUGAGAAUGGAAUCUCACAAAACUAGAAUGCUUGAACAGAUUUCACGUAAAUUAGAGACAAAUGAAUUAGGACACGUUGCUCAGCAACUGUAUAUCAUACGAAGAUUGGUAUUUUUUUUAUUUUUGGUUAUUUACAUUAUUUCCCUGCCUGUAUGUUUAUUUUAA